GUGCAUUGUGGGAAACUCCUGAGCACUCCUCGGGUGUCCGCAGCCACCGCCCGCUGUCAUCCUGUGAAGUGAAUGCGCAGCGAGAAGCUGGAGACCCCAAAGAAGACGGUGGAGGCAGACAGGUGGUCCUGGGUCUUCCCGACACAAGUCUCUGCAGCAAGGUGGCCAGGCCCCAGUCUCCCAGCUAGGACACAGAAUCAAGGCCCAUAUAAUGCCCAGAGGUGAGCUGUCCUGAGCCACUGUGGUCUAGCCACCUGCCAGUCACACAAGCCCCAAACCAGCUGCCAGCAAAAAUCAUCAUGGAGUCCCGUGGAAAGUCGGCCAGCAGCCCCAAGCCAGACACCAAGGUGCCUCAGGCCACAGCUGAGGCCAAGGCCACCCCAGUUGCAGAUGGGAAGGCUCCCUCGACCAAGCCUGUGAAGAAGGACACCCAAGCAGAGAAGCAGGAGCAACCAACAGCCCCUGGGCCAGCCACUACCAAGAAGACACCAGCCAAGGCAGAUCCUGUCCUUCUCAACAAUCACAGCAACCUGAAGCCAGCUCCCACGGUGCCGGCAGCGCCCAGCAGUCCUGAUGCAACCUCAGAGCCCAAGGGUCCUGGGGAUGGGGCAGAGGAGGACGAGUCCAACACUGGAGGCCGAGGUCCCUGGCCUUGUGAGAACUUGACCCCUUUGCUGGUGGCUGGAGGUGUAGCUGUGGCCACCAUAGCCCUAAUUCUUGGUGUGGCCUUCCUAGCCCGGAAAAAAUGAUACCUGGUGUCCAGGUCAGGGCACAGUGCCACUUUCUGUACAGACCUGAAUAUAUAGUGCAUGCAAGGUCUUAGAUAUCUAAAUAUUUAUCUAUACAUAUACACAUAACAACACACACACACACACACACACACACACACACACACACGUAUGCUAUGUACAUCCGUACAGCAGGAAAGGAAUAGACAGUGAGCCCACCUCCACUGACCCCAGCACACCCGCUCCCAAGUUUGGGGGCAGGAGCCCGGCUCUGCGGUUUGGGGCAAGGGGAUAGCUUGGACAAGACCACUAGGAAUAGAUGCUGGGUGUGGCCUCUGAAAGAGAAGUGGUGGAGUGGGCUGGCCCUGUGGGGACAUUAAAGGGCAUGGCUGUCUUAUUCUCCCCACUUGUCUUUUGAGCAGCCAGGAGCAGUCUGUCUGGGCCUGAUGCCGGGGGACUGACCUGAGGGUGGGAUUCACCUGCAGAGCUACCUCCACCCACUGUCCUUGUCCUGGUUGAAUGGAAAGGCAAAGCCCAACAGCUGAGUUUGGGAUGGGGUUCCCACCUCUUCCUUUUUUUUUCCAAGGUAUGCCCCAGGAGAGCUCCUGAGGCUAGGAUCACCUUACUUCCUGCCCAGAGCAGCCAUUUGUUCCAGGGAAGGGGUGGUGCUGAAAGAAGGCUUGGUAGGAAGGCAGGAAACAUGCAGGAGCCACAUUCCAGUUCUGCCUGCCCAAUCUUCCCCAAUACUGUCCUUCCUGCCUGCGCCCAACACCCCCUUGAGUUUAACAGCGUAUAAAUGCAAUAACACAGGUAGAGUAGAACUGCCCAGUGGGUGGCACUCACUCACUGCCUGCAGGAAGACCCCUCUUUAGUGCAUCUGGCCCCAGCUUGCCCCUUGGUGUGGUGACAGUGGGCAGCUUUCUAAAAAAAAAAACAAA